AUUAUUAUUAUUAUUUUGGUUUAAGUUAUGGCCUUCUCAAAAGAAGGAAAAACGUGACAAUUUUCAUACACAUGGCAAACAAGAACUAGAUUCAAACUAAUCAUCAGCAGACCUUUCCUUGGAUGGCCAUAUCCCAAAAUCACAUUUAUCAAACAAUCCUCACCAUUGAAAGGGAGAAUCUUGGGAAAAGAUAAUGGAUGGUCAACAGCUCAACCCAGUCCUGUUGACCAUUGAUAUUCUUCAAGAAAAGGUUCUCUAGUACAACAGAUGUGAAUUUUACAAUCAGUGUGUUUUUACCUUUUGGAUUAUGACCUGACUAAGGUAGGGCUGCUUAAUUUUUAGUUUGAUGCUAUACAUGUUUGCCACAUGUAUGAAGAUAAGCUUAGGAGGUGCAUGGGAGCUUUGCUGGUCUAGACUACUCUGGCAUUUUAAUUACCUUUCCUGGCAUCAUAUGUUCUGAGUAUGAAGUUAGAAGAGUAGAUGGCUUUGAAGGGUUCUUUACCAAUUAAUGGGAGCAUAAUCCGUUUAAAGAUUUCCUUUACUUUGAACUUUUUGGCAAUUCUUCAUUUGUAAUGCACUUUUUCCUUAAUGACUGAUGUCGUGUUUUUGUGAUUGACUUUAGGUGUUUGAGUUGAUGGUUUUGAAUUUGAAGCAACAUUUGAUUUUAAUGCCAUCUCUAUUUUUGCUUUUGUUUUUUUUUUUUUAAAAAAAAAAUUGUUACUUUGUAUAAUUGCAUCUGCUUGUGCAUUUUCUGAUUCUUGUACGGUUUGGAUAUUUUGUACAUGACCAUCAUCAUUCUUUUACGGAAUAAGUGCAGGUUUUAGGACACUUUUGUGGAGCUUGAGAUAAUUGUAAAUGUGUUAGUUGAAGGCUGUAAUUCUUCAAGAUUUUUAGGGCACUGGAUUAUUUGUUACAGUCUUUGGGAGAUUCUGCAUUGGCUUGUUUAUAGGAUUUCAUCAUCGAAACAAAUCAAGAUUGACCAUCAUUAUCAUGCAUACAAGCUGAUUACUGUCAUAACAAUUCAGAAGCUACAAGGCGUAGGGGACUAAAGUUCGGAGUUCCUUUUUCAGGUGCACCGAAGAUGACAGAUAUGAAAGCUAGCACAUCCACUGAUGUAGAUAUUCGUGCUCUGCACAAGGAGUGGGAUGAAGCUUCAUGCCCAAUAUGCAUGGACCAUCCGCACAAUGCUGUACUUCUCCUGUGCAGCUCCCAUGACAAGGGCUGCAGAUCUUACAUUUGUGAUACAAGUUACAGGCAUUCAAAUUGCCUGGAUCGAUUUAAAAAACCAAGAGUCGAUCUUAGGAACAGUCCCGUUCUUCCCAGUCCGGCACUCACUGAAGGUGCAGAUAGUGAGAGGUCUGGUCAGAGGUCCCUUCAGAGCCUUACUCCCGAACCCAUCUUUGGAGGUGCAAGAAUGAGAAGAAAUCUAGUGCAACAUUCUGAAGACUACAUCUUUGAAGAAAAUAAUGGCGUAUUGGCAAUGCUAGAAGAAAAUAACACCCAAGUGCCAGAUGCCCAUUUGGAAACUCAGGGGAUGGAGACGGGCCCUGACUCAUAUAGAGAUAGGAACAGUCAAGAGGAGUUGGGUGGGGCUGGUUUAUCAGAAUCGAGCUCACACUUGAAGUGUCCCCUGUGCCGUGGAGUUGUGAAAAGCUGGAAGAUUGUAAAAGAGGCCCGGCAGUACCUCGACCUUAAGCAGAGGAGUUGUUCUCGGGAAUCUUGCUCAUUUUCUGGUAACUACCGGGAGCUGCGCAGGCAUGCCAGGACAGUCCAUCCAAUGACACGACCUGCUGAUGUAGACCCAUCAAGGCAACGCGCUUGGCGCCACCUUGAACACCAGCGCGAAUACGGCGACAUUGUCAGUGCCAUCCGUUCGGCCAUGCCAGGUGCUAUUGUGCUCGGGGAUUACGUCAUUGACAACGGAGAUAGGCUUUCAGGCGAAGGAGAGGGUGGCCAUGGCGAAGGCAGUGGGCCGUGGUGGACCACUUUCUUUCUAUUCCACAUGAUCAGUCCCAUGGCUCAGAUUGAUGAGCCAAGAGGCCUGUCUAGGGCCUGGAGAAGGCAUCGCCGGACAUCUGGAUUUUCUGGCAGGCGUAGUCUGUGGGGCGAGAACCUGCUGGGUCUGCAGGAAGACGAUGAAGAGGACUGGAAUCUGGAGAAUGAUGUGGCCGACGACGUUCCAAUACCGAGGCGGCGUAGGCGUUUUGUGCGUUCCCGGCCUGACGAAGAUCAGCCGUGAGAGAGCACCAUCUCUGGUAAUUAUACAGCUCUAAGCCUAUUCUCAGGCACUGCUUGAUAAUUCUUUUCAAUUGAGUUGGUAAUUCUCAAUCUCUUAUGUUUUUUACUGUACAGAAUUAAAUUUGAACUGAUGAAACUGCAUUACAUUCAGUCAUCACUGCAUAAUAUUCAGUUAUCAUGUUGAAUCUCUUAAGACUGUUGCAGAGCCAAUUGGGUUUGGAAAUCCAGGAGCCCAGAAGGGAUCUGCCUCAAGAAAAAAGAGGAAAAAAUACCUGUUUGGAAGAUCAGAGAAUAGAAAUGGUAUAUGAUGGUGAUGCCAUCACAUAAAUUAUUCUGUUAACAUGUUUAGUUGUAAACGAUACAUUGUUUUUUCUUCUUUCUUUCCUUCCUUUCUUUUCUAUUCGUAUAUAGGUUGUAUUGGAAGUGCAAAGCUUGGAAGAGGAUUCAGGACUGAUGAGCGGAUCAGCUUCCAGCUUUGCUCCUAAACUAUCAUUUCAUUUGUGUGUAUUUGGUUGAGACUGCUCUCCGUUGUCAAAUGUACAGUAACCAUGAAAGUCUGUUAGGCCUGUUUUCA